AUGGCUUCUCAUCCACAGGAGUUGACCGGGCAGAUCAUGGCAGGAGUGGCUUGGUCUGCCAUGCACACGCUUCAGCAUGGCUAUCACAUCACCGCUUUGAACGGGAUCCAAGGUGCAGUGAUGUGCAGCGGAUUGGAGAACCGUGGCUCCCAUCAGGAUCAUGCAAAUCACAAUGUCGUGCCUGCAUGCCUGGAUCUGUACGAAUUCGGAGUGAUUUCGUCAGCCUUUCUAUUUGGGGGACUCCUGAGCUCUUUGGGAGCUAGCUACAUCUCCAAUAAAUACGGAAGGAGAGCUGCCCUGCAGAUAUCCUCGGGCCUGGUCUUGCUAGGCAGCAUAGCCUUGUCUAUUGCGCCUGACUUGAAAUGGGCUCUGUUUGCCAGACUAUGUGUGGGGGGAGGUUGUGGUAUCGCAACAGUCGUCACACCGUUAUAUCUGGGCGAAACAGCCCCACCUGCCUACAAGAAUCGCCUGGGAAUAGCCAAUCAGUCGUUUAUCGUACUAGGAGUCCUUCUUACCCAAUCUCUGGCGAUCCCACUGUCCAGACCCUAUUUAUGGAGAUUCGUACCCAUCGUUAGCGCAGUGAUCUCCUUCCUGCUGUUGGCGGCCAGCCCAUUCAUACAGGAAAGCAGUAUUUGGCUUCAACAUCGGGCCAGGAAAGACGGCAAGGAAUUAGACGCACGAGAAUCUGACCCUCUUCUGAACGAUGAAGCCGACCCCAGCAAGCCUUCCAACGAGAUGUUAAGCGCAUGGGAACUCUUGCAUACUGCGCAACCAACUCUGCGUCGUGCAUUGUAUACCGUACUACUGGUCCAACUUUCUCAACAGGUGUGCGGAAUCAGUCCAGUGAUGUACUUCAGCCAUCAGAUCAUGUCGACGACGUUUCCGACCAGCUCCAAGAUGAUCGCUCUGAUGAUAGCGGCGGUCAAAGUCCCCGUAACGUUCGCUUCAGCACUUUUGCUCAAGAAAUAUAAACCCAAACAGUUGUUGGUACUUUCGGCCGGUUUGAUGUCGAUAUCAGCUUUUUGUCUGGCUAUAUCCAUGAACAACGGCUGGGCGAUACCUAGUUCUGUGGCCAUCAUCGCCUUCGUACUGAGCUUCAGUAUCGGCCUCGGACCGGUCACAUGGGUGGUUAUUGGAGAUGUCAUGCCGUCCUCUGCCGCAUCUGCUGCUGGAUCGCUAGGGUUGUUUCUGAAUUGGUUCACUAAUUGCCUUGUAGGCGUCAUCUUCCUCCCACUCCGAGAUGCAAUGGCGCACCUGCCAAUAGGUGGCAUAGGAAACAUUUUUUUCUGUUUCGGUGCAACCUGUCUGGCAUCUUGCUUUGUAAUGCGAAAGUUGUACACGGUAGCUAAGCGCGAAAGACCGUUAGCUUGACCGACA